AUGGAUUCUUCACAAGAGCCAGGUACAGUGGCAUACACUGCAAGCUUGUGCGGGCCUGUCCAGCCAGCAGACCAUGUGGCCAGCACCACGCAAGGCAAUCUUACCCGGGCAGACGUUCGCGUUUGGGCAGAUCAAAAGGGAAAGAAGAGAUUCAUCGCCCUUCCCGUCCCACCUACCUUGGACGAUCAAGCCAAAUGUUGCACAAUCACGACUCGAAUACUCGAAGAGGUUGACCCUAGUGGUACUAUACCGCCGUUAGAAGAUGGCCAUGAGUGUACGCAGAACACUCACUUCAGAAGAGUACGGCUCUUUCUCAGUGGGGAAGAUCAAACAUCUUCUACCGGGUUUCCGUUCUGUGUCCUUCAGGGAGAAGAGCGCCGAGUCGUCAUGACUGGUCGAGAAAAAUGUUUCGAGGUUUGUCCCGAAGUCAUGCGCAUGGCAGUCAUAGCUGCGGACCCGAAAACGCAAGGUGAGUGGAUCUGCACCAACGCACAACAGCUUCAUCGGAUGACGUGUACGCCAGAAGAAUACUAUGAUGAGAAGCGAGUUGAAGAGGAAAGAAAGAAGCGGUUGGAAGCCGAGGAGGUUGCACGAGCCCAGAAGGAGCGAGAAAUCUGUCAGGCAGCUAGUAAGAGGGACGCGGAGAAGGCAGAAGCUGCAAAGAAGCAUGCCUCCAGAUAG